UUAUUAGCCUAUUAGGCUUCAUAAAUACAGAUUAGGUCAAACCUUUUUAGAUUUCUCCUUGCGAAACAAUGUAAUGUGAGAAUCUUUGCUCUGCCCUCUACCCCUCACUGUAAACAACCCUCCUUCCGCUGUUACCUAUCUCCCAUAGAUACAGUUUUAUUCUAACCCUUCUUAUGUGCAAAGAAGAUUGAUUUUUUAUCUGGGGUUUUCUCUUGAUUUAUUUUGUUUCGAUCCUUUUGGAUUUGAGUUUUUCAUUCAUUCCCUAGUUUUUUUUAUUUAAUGAAUAUGGAGAGAAACCAUUAUCACGGAAUGAAAAAAAGUGAACCAGAGGGUAAUGAUGCUAGAGUGGGUUCUGAUGAUAUUGUUGAUAGCCCUUCUGGCAUGGAUAUCAAGUUCUCAAGACUCACUGCUUUGUUUCAAGAUUUUGAUGGUGAUUUUGGGUCUUCAUUUGCUAAACUUGGGGUCAAUGGAGACGAAAAAAGUAUGGUUGAUGAUGGCUUUUUUGUGGAUGUCGAUUUGUUUUUUAAUGGUGCUUGGAGUUUGCAGCCACAUAAGGGCAACUUGAAUAUCAGUGACGAGGUGUCGACUCCAGAUCAUAGUUUUAGUGGAUAUGGGGUUGACUGUGGGGUGAGUGCUGAUGGUUUUUCUUCGGAAACCAAAGUCCACAAUUGGGUUGAUUGUGAGAAAGGGAAAGAAUUGGGAGGUGAACCACAUGAUGCUUUGAUUUUUGCUCUUGGUUAUCUAGGGGUGAAAGACCUCCUUAUGGCUGAAAGGGUAUGCAGAUCUUUGCGUGAUGCGGUUAGAGGCGAUCCUCUGUUGUGGAGGAGAAUUCAUAUAGAUCAACCUUUAAGCGAGAAAAUCACUGAUGAAGCUCUUGUCAAGUUCACUAGUAGGGCUCAAGGUACUCUGCAAUGCUUGAGUCUAGUGGGGUGCAUAAGAAUCACUGAUACUGGGUUGAUGCAGGUGCUUGAAAGCAAUCCAAGUUUAACAAAGCUUUGUGUGCCAGGAUGUGUGAGACUCACCAUCGACGGCAUCUUGUGUAAUUUAAGGGUCCUCAAGUCAGCAGGCACCCUGAGAAUAAAGCACAUAAGAAUUGGUGGGCUCUUUGGUGUAAAAGAAAAUCAUUUUGAAGAGUUGAAGUCCUUGCUUGGCAUGGACCAUAUGCAUCCAAGAGCAAAAAACCCACAGUUUCAUCGUGUUGGACAGUUGUAUCCUUCUUGUGAUGACGAACGCACAAUUGAUAUUGAGAUGUGCCCCAAAUGCCAGCAACUGAAACUAGUUUAUGAUUGCCCAUCGGAGAGUUGCCAAGGGAAAGAUCAAGCUAAUCAGCUAUGCAGAGCUUGCACUGUGUGUAUAGCUCGUUGUAUACAUUGUGGAUGUUGCAUUAAGGGUUGUGAUUAUGAGGAGACCUUUUGUCUAGACUUUCUAUGUUUGGAUUGUUUGAAGCAUCUGUUUAAUUGUCAAGAGAAGCCAGAAGUAAGUGGUGCUUCCUCUUCUGGGCACACAAUUUCUCACCAGGAGAUGAGGUAUCAUUUUUGCCUUUACAGUGAAUAGAGAAGAUAUCACAAAUGCACGUCUUUGAGCUCCUUGCAUGCUUUGGGUGCAUCAAUAAUAUUACAAAUAAGGUGUGUCAACCACGUGCUCUGUUGCCUGGCUGUAAUAUCAAAGCAUUUUGACAGACACUAGUUGCUGCCUGAUUUUGCAGUCUGUGCUUGGCUGUUGAAUUUGACUGACUUUAGCUUGGAUUCUUCAGCAAGCUCAGCUGUUUUAGGUAGGGUGGACAAAAAUAGAAGUGGAAAAAAAAAACGGUUGGAAAAGAUGUGGAAUAAGAAGGGGAAAAAGGGGCAGGAGUAUUAAUGAAAUUAUCGUCCAACUUGAGUGCCUAUUAAAUAAAAUGUCAUCAAGUGGUUCCUGUCUCAGCACGAAGAGUGGAAGAGCAUCCGGAUGUGAUGGAUCAUGUGGUCCAUUUGAAGAAACAUGGUUGAUGAUUCACCAUCGAAGUUGGGAGACGCUGCAAAUUACAAGUGCAUACCCGUAUUGUCAAUCACGGUAUGGAGGCAUUAUAUAUGCUUGUUGUGAAUUGUAUUCUCUUUCCACUUGCCUUCAGUAGAGAAAAUAAUGGUGGUUGCUUUCUAUAAACUUCGUAUCAUUAUAUUUGAUUGAAGGAUAUGCUCGUCAUAAAGCUUUGAACAACAUUUCUAGAUUAUUGUGGUAUGCUUUGCUUGCUAUAAAAUAAUAUGGUGUGACUAGCAGUUUGUUUA